AUGUUGGGAGCUAGAGGUGUUUCAUUGGGAUUGGGAAAGAUUAAUCUUUCUGAUUUAAAUAAAAUUCCGACAAUGGAUCGUGGACAGGUACCAAGAAUAAAAAAGAAGCCAAAAAUAAAACCUCAAGUACGAGUAAAAAAAUAUGUUGAUAAGGAGGAGGAGGAAGAAUAUAAUUAUGAAAUAAGAUUAAAUCCCCAAUUAAUGGGAAAAAUACCAUUGAGAAAGCCUAAAAAAAUUGAUAAAAAUAAAAAAGCCUAUUAUUGGAGACUCUAUUAUGAGAACAAUAAAAAGACAUUAUGGACAGCAUGUAGAGCGGUAAUUUUUGGUGUUAUUAUCAUAACUUUAGGAAUAAUAAUGACAGGACUUGGAUAUUUUGAUAAAGAACUAGCCAAAGUAACAGUAUAUAAUGAGACAACCACAUCAAAUAUAACAUAUAUUGACAAUUUUCGGAGAAUUCAAUUUAAAUCUAUGCAAUAUAUUGGUCCUGUUUUAAUGGGUGUUGGUUCAUUUAUGUUAAUAAUAGCUUGUGUUAUAACAUUAGAAUCAAGAGACAAACAUACAUUAAUAAUACAAAAUGAGGCUGAUAAACAAAGGAAGAUUUUAAAAGAUGAUGAUGAAAAAGAAAAAUUUGUUGAAGUUAAAGAAACUAUGUUUUUAAAUACAAAAAAAUAUAUUCAAGAUAAAAAAUUAUUUAAUGAAAAUGAUGAAAAAUAUAUUAAAAAUGAUGAGAUAAUUAAUGAUGAUAAUAUAAGUAGAUUAACAUGUGGAAAUGAUUUAUCUAUAAAUGUAGAAGAUUUAGAUGAUGAAUGUUUUAAACCACCAGAAAAAUGUAAUAUAAAAACUAAAAGAAGAGCUACAAUAUCUUGUCAGUAUUCAAAAAGUAUGGUUGAUAAAACUCGGGUAAAUAGAUUAAAACAAGAUUAUAUUUCUAAAAAACCAACCAUCUCCUCAUCAACAUCCUUCAAGAGAGCUUCAAAUCAAAAAAGGCGAAGUAUCUUUAAUUUACAAGGAAAAGAUCAAAGUGUUAGUACAGAUGACUUAGCUAAACAACACUUAUAUGAAAAUCGUGAUUUGUAUGCUGAAUUAUUAGAAGAUUUUUAUAAAAAAUAUGCUGUAAACAAUGUUAAAACUGUUGAUGAAAAUAAUUUAUUACCAAAUACAAAUUUAGAUGAUAUUAUAAUUCAUAAUGUAUCUAGUGAAAAAAUUCAAGAAGAGGACCCAGAAAAUAAUUAA